CCGCGUAACCCGGGGUGUGGGCGUUGCCACCUUUUGAGGUGGGAAUCGGAGGCGAAACCCAGCCACCCCCAGCUUGUGCCAGCUUUUCUCAGAGUUGCCACGCUGGUUUCUGGAACGGGGCAAGAGGAGGGCCGGCGACACGGUGGAGCAGGACCCACGCCAAGGGGUGAAGGAAUGGGCAGCCCCGAAGAUGAUUUGAUCGGGAUUCCUUUUCCCGAGCACAGCAGCGAGCUCCUGGGGCGUUUGAACGAACAGCGCCGGCGAGGGGUGCUGUGCGAUGUGACGCUGCGGGCCCAGGGCUCCGAAUACCGCACCCACCGAGCCGUCUUGGCCGCCUCCAGCCGCUACUUCCAGCGGCUCUUCGCCGGGCCCAGCGUGGGGGUGUGCGACCUGGAUUUCGUGGGGGCCGACGCUCUGGGGGCCCUGCUGGACUUUGCCUACACGGCCACCUUGACCAUCAGCACGGGCAGCCUCGGGGAGGUGUUGCACGCCGCGCGGGUGCUGGAGAUUCCCUGCGUCAUCGCCGCCUGCGUGGAAAUCCUGCAAGGCACCGGCUUGGAGGCGCCCGUCCCUGAUGAUGCUGCCCGGGAACGUGCCCGGAGGUACCUGGAGACCUUCGCCACCCUACCCAACGCCGAAGGGGACUUGCCCGAACCACCAGCCUGUCCGGCUCCCCGACGGAGCAAGAAAACCCGCAAAUUCCUCCAGGCCCGAGGCUCCCGUCUCAACAACCACAUCACGGAGCUGUCGCCUUCGCCGUCCCCCUCCUCAACGGGGACGCAGGAGCGCCCCAGCCCUCCGAACCAAGCCUCGCCGGCCCCGACCCUCGGCCAUCCCCGGGACGAGGAGGAAGAGCUGAUUGUCACCUCUGGCUUCUUCCCUUACCCGUACAACCUGGGUCUCUCUCCGGAAGACAUCGGUUCCGAGGAAGAGCCCAUGGACCACGACAUCAUCCCCUACUUGCGCAACCUGAACCCGGAGGGGCUCCCCUCCAGCCUCGACCCUCCGGACAAACUGGUGCGCAAACGCCGUUCGCAGAUGCCCCAGGAGUGCCCCGUCUGCCACAAAGUCAUCCAUGGGGCUGGGAAGCUACCUCGUCACAUGCGCACCCACACGGGGGAGAAGCCCUUCGCCUGCGAGGUGUGUGGGGUCCGUUUUACCCGCAAUGACAAGCUCAAGAUCCACAUGCGGAAGCAUACGGGCGAGCGCCCGUACUCCUGCCCGCACUGCCCGGCACGCUUCGAUGACCCCCUCCAGCGCCACCUCAAGGGCCAGAACUGCCUGGAGGUGCGGACCAGGCGCCGGCGCCGAGGCCCCGAGCAGGAGCCGGACUCUCUGCCCCUGGCGGGGACGCCCCCCUCCGCCGCCGACCUCGAUUUGGCCAACGGGCAAAUGGAGGGACACCGCCUGGCCGCGGCCCGCCACUACUGGGAGCAGAGCCAGGCCCGCCACGCCGUCUCUCCUGCUCCCAAAGGGGAGGAAGAGGAGGAGGAAGAAGAAGGAGGAGGAGGGGGCAGCGAGGAAGCAGGGCGGAAAGACGGGCCCACCGCCCUCGAAAUGGCUUAGGGCCUGGGCGCAAAGAGGCGCAGGCCUGCCUGGCUGGGACGGUUGCCGUGGCAACCCUAUCCAGGGGGACUAGGCCAUGGACCAGGCCAAGAUGCACUAGAUGCCCUAAGAUGCUGUUGCCGGGGGCGACCGUGUCGGCACGGAGACGAGAUGCACUAGGCCCCGCCCCCCCUGCUCUGCCUCUGUGCCUUGAGCAUCCUCGAAAUGGGGCGGGCGGGCCCCGAUUCGGAACCAAAGCCCAUCGGGUGGGAGGGAAUGGCAAGACAUACGUCUACUCAGGAUUUCAGGGCGGGGGGGGGGAAGGCAAUUAAACGCGAUUGUUUUGGGACGACGGUUCUUCCCCAUCCUAAUUUAAAAGAAAAGGUGACUUUAGUUUUGUGGAGGGUGGCCACCGCCACACCCAGGGUGCCGUUUCCCCCACCCCGAGUUCAGAAGGGAGGUAGUGGCGAGAGCGGGAGAUGAACUUUUAUUUUUAUUUUUUUAACAAAACAAAAAAAAGACAUGGGGUUGGUAAACAUUAGCACAGAUUUUGGGGAGUGGGCUCUUCCUCCAGUUCUGCUCCCACCCCGAGACCCUCUGGACUACAGAAAAUUUUAUUCUGGAGGGAAAAAAAGGAGAAAGCUGGCAGCUGUGGGAUGCUUUUUUUUGUUGUUUGUUUGUUUUGUGGGUGGGGGGGGAAGAGACAAAAACAUUCUGCCCUCCAGGAGGGAUGGAUCAGGAUCAGACCCAUCUUAGGGACACAUUUUUGCACAGAGGAGCCUGGAGACCAGAGAGUAUAUUAGCACUUAUGGAUCAUGACGGGUGUACACCUCCUUGGCCGACAGAUCGACCCACCCCAUAUUUUCUUCCACGACGAAAAUGUACGCUUUGCAGGAUCUUUUGUGGGGGCCAAAAAAAAAAGGGGAGCACCCCCAGCCCGGUUCUGUUCCACUUUACCUUUCAUAUCUUUGCACAUACCUUCCAUCAAUCAUAUCCUGAUUUAUUGCACUAGGGAGAUGCCAGCGAUUCGGGGGACAUGUUUUCAUUUUUGGACUGGCGCACGGCUCGGUGGCGGUUCGGGGUGAGGCUCCUUGUUUUCCCCGACCCCCUUGUUUGCACAUUCUGUGGGUUUCCCCGCCCCACCCCUUUGCCCCUCUGGAGGGGCAAAGAGCUUAGCUGUGUAUAUAGGGGGGAAGAGAGGGGGUUCCUCAUAAAAGAGAUUUUGCCCAGCUUAUUAGCUCAAGAGUUUAUAGAUAUUUAAGAGAUGAUGUAAUAUAUAUAUAUAUAUAUUUCCCUUCCUCUGUUUCCCGUCCGUUCCUGAUUUCCCCCCCAGCAGGAUCUGUGGCGUGGGGUCUCCUUAUCAGGCAAAAAUCUGUGUGUCAGGGGGAGGGAGUUGUGGGGUGAGAAGGACUGGUCUUCCCCAGCGUGAAAAGUGCCUGCAUCUUUAAACUUGAAUCUUUAGCGACUUGAAAUGCAUCAUGGCUUGGAUUCCCUUUCCCCCUCAUCCCACCUCUGGCUCAUUUGACCUUAGCUACCCCUUAACCCAUCAUCCCCGUCCAGGAGCUACCCUCCCCCAUACACCCCUCCCACCUUCACUGUGAUUUUAGGGUGUCCCCCCCCGAAUCCAGAAACUGUACAUGCAUUUCCUUGUCCGAGGGGGGGAAAGCUUGAAAAUGGGGCAGAUAUAUAUAUAUAUUUUUGUUUAGAUCACGGGGUAGCAUCAAGUAAAUGCCUCUUUCCUUGUCUUUAAAUCAUUGUACUGGAUUUUUCCCGGUGUCUGUUGUCCGUUGUGGCUGUUUGACAAUAAAACUGAAUGCGGGGG